UAAAAUAUUAUAUUAAUCAUCGGCCGCAAUAAAUAAUGCUUAAUAGAGCACCUACUUCGMACGUUUUCAGACUAAGUACAGAGCAAUAMAUUUAAUUACCUAUUUACUCAAUUAAGUCUAUAWAAUAGAGGCACUGAACAGUUUAAGGAAUCCGCAGUUCUCACCAUCUUAAAUUAGUGGAUAACCUACAGUCAAGAGUAUCGAAACACAAUAUAAUUAACAUUCUACUGAUUUCAUAAUCACUGCAUCGAAUAGUGUGUGUCCCGCAGUAGUAGAUGUAUAUUAGAAAAUCGUGUUGCUCGCCAAUUAUUAGCGACACUAACUGCAUUACAACGAGAUUUUUGGUGGGUAUAUUUACUUUUUCCAUAAACAAUCGUGUGUGCAAUGUCUUCUAGUAGCAUGGAAACUUCAGAUUCUUGUAUAACAUCUCCUAUCAAACCAGAAGAUUCCAAUUCCCCUAUUAUUCCACCUGAAGAUAACACUGAUCAAGAUUCAAAAGAAAAUGUUGAUUCAUUUGCUUACAAUAUUUGGCAAUGUAUGAAAAGAAUAAAUUCAAACUUAGACUUUUUAUCGCAAACAUUUAAUGAACAAUCUGAUGUAGUACAAACUCAUAAAGCACAAUCUGCAGCAUUGGAUGAUGACCAUUUUAUAUUAUUGUUUCCAUUAAGAGAAAUAGAAGAUGUUAUUGAACUUGAAUCAAGACUUUCAAAUAAUAGUUCAGAUUUCAAUAAAAAAUUGAUUUCAUGCAUCACACCCAGAGAUCAUGAUGGUCGUGUGUUAGAUUUAAAACAAUUUGUUAGRACCAUUUUACGUACAUUGUUCACAUAUCGUUUAGCUGGCAACUAUUCUUGGCGUGGAUUUCGAGGAAAUUUUCAAAUUGGAAAUUUAAAAAUCGUCAAACUUAUUUUUGAUAUGUCAAAAAACAAAUUCAAAAAUGCUACAAAGUCAAGUGUUAAUGUGUUCAUCAAGGAAUGGAUCAGAUAUGCCAAACAACGACGUAACCAAUUAAGAAAAGUUCAAAGUUUCUAAGCUUAUACUACUAUACUACUAAAUACUACUCUAUUAUAAUUUUUUAGUUAUUAUAUUUCCUAAAUAUUUAAUACAUGAAUAAGUUUAGAAAUUACAAUAAACUAUAACAUCAUCAAAAGAUAUGUUUGCUUUUCAGCUUAUAUCCGUGUAAUUUGUUAACUUAAUUUUGUUAGUUAUCUAUCAAUGAAUAUUUAGUAUAAAAAAUCAAUCAGAUAGUAAAUAUAAGUU